GACUAGCACCGAGAAUCAUGUGAUUACUGAUUGAUUGCAACACUGUUGGGAACUGGACGGGUAAAAGCAGCAAAAGCAGAGUAAGCAGAGGUGCAUCCAGGAGAGAGAGAGAGAGGAAUGUCUGCAUUUUGGAUGACACCCUACACUGCAGUGUUCUGGGACUGUAGCGCAGGGACGUACUGCAGGACCUCUUCAAGGGCAAUAGGGGUGAUGCUCUGCACAGGAGAUAAUGCAGUAUAUGCCAGAUAUUGAAGAUGCAGAAGUGGAUUACUACAGAGACAUGGUUCAGGAUUAAUGCUCCCUCUCUGUACUGAAGCAGCAUGGGAACCUCAGUCUCGCUAGCUGUCUACAUUGUCAUCGAAGUGCUGAUAGCCUUGAUUUCGGUGCUUGGUAAUAUACUGGUGAUUUGGGCUGUGAUUGUGAACCAAGCACUUCGAGACACCACGUUCUUUUUCAUCGUCUCACUUGCUGUGGCUGAUAUCGCAGUAGGAGCACUGGUCAUUCCUUUGGCCAUUAUAAUUAGUAUUGGACUGGAGACUGAGUUUUACAGCUGCCUUAUGGUGGCCUGUAUCAUGCUAAUUCUGACACAGAGCUCCAUCCUUGCUUUACUAGCCAUUGCUGUGGACAGGUACCUCCGAGUCAAGAUCCCAACAAGCUACAGAAGCGUUGUCACAGCCAGGAGAGCAGUGAUUGCAAUCACAGGAUGCUGGGUCCUCUCUUUCAUUGUCGGUUUGGUUCCCAUGUUCGGUUGGAACAACAUAAACAACUUGAGAAAAGAACACAACUCCAGUUAUGGAGAAAUCAUUAUAACUUGUGAGUUUGAAACCGUAAUCAGUAUGGAAUAUAUGGUCUAUUUUAAUUUUUUUGUCUGGGUGCUUCCUCCACUUUUCCUGAUGCUAGUUAUUUAUUUGGAAGUAUUCAAUCUUAUUCAAAGACAGCUUAAUAAAAAGGUAUCCUCUAGCUCUAAGGACCCACAAAAAUACUAUGGAAAAGAACUGAAAAUUGCAAAGUCCUUGGCUUUAAUCCUACUAUUAUUUGCUCUGAGCUGGCUACCUCUCCACACGCUGAACUGCAUCACUUUGUUCUGUCGGAAGUGCGAAACGCCAAUGAUCAUCACUUAUAUCGCCAUUUUCUUGACACACGGAAACUCUGCCAUGAACCCUAUUGUCUACGCGUUUCGCAUUGAAAAAUUCCAAUCUACAUUUUUGUAUAUCUGGAAGAAAUAUUUCUGUUGCAAAAGUGGAAGAAAACUUAACCGGGCAAAUACUGAGAUGGAGAGGUCAUGUUCAAAAAAUAUGCUCUGAACUAUAGGGGCCCUGUUUUCUAUACCAUAUCAUUCCAAAUAAACAAAUAACCACUUUCUGUUCAAAUGACCAUUUUAACAAUAAAUUGCUGUUUAUUGAAAUGUAUAUGUUUGUUUCAGUAUUAAUGUUGUUUUAAAUUGCCAUAAUUAUUCUAUGCAUUUAUAUAUUUUUAAUAUAACUACAAUGCAAACAA